AUGGAAAAACUUUGGGACCUUGAUCACAAAAAAAAUAUAGAUCAAAAAAACAAACACGCUCGUUAUUUGAAAAUCAUGGGUAGAUCGAAUCCAAUCACCCUAAUUAACCCAUUUGCUCUCAGUACCUUUGGAAUUGCUUCUAUUGGAUGGAUCAUCACUUUUGCCGGAUGUAUUGCUACAAACACGCAAAAUAGUUUGUUUCCCAAGUUUGCGUGGUGGGCCGUGGUGUAUCAGCUAUUACUGCUCAUAGUGAUUGUGGUGUUUUACAUUACAAACACUUUCCAAUAUCACCGUUUGUUCCUGACGUGUUCCAUCGGUGUUGCUUUCGUGUAUAACUCGAACGCGGCAAACAACCUGGUUUAUGAUUCGGAUUCGGCACCAGGAGCGGCAAGUGCCGGUUUCAUCAUCCAAUGUAUCAUCAACAUUCUGUGGAUGCUCUACUUUGGAUCUGAACCAAGCUCUCCAAUCAUUUCCUACAUCGACUCCUUUGGAAACGGCAGUAACGUUAUGCUUUCCACUAGACGGUCAAAGUCCAACAGAAACACUAUGAAUCAAACACAACCAGUUUACGAUGAGACCUACAAAGAAGAAAACACUGGAUACCUCGACAGAAACUCGUUAUCGAACGACACGACUCCAGCCCAUGAGAAUCCGUUCAAUCAAAACUACUCCUCGCAGCUCAACGGUUUGGAGAACGCAUCCGCUUCGAACAGAGCUUCUGCGCUACAUGAGGAAGACUAUCCGAUUACGGUGAGAGGACUGUUUGAUUACGAGGCAAGUCCUGAUGAUAUCAAUGAACUUUCGUUCAAAAAAGGUGACGUUUUCCGCGUCAAGGAUACCGUCGGAAAUUGGUGGCAAGGAAAGAACUCCAAGGGAGAGAUCGGAAUGUGCCCAAGCAACUACUUGGAGGUUAUUGGAUAG